CACCCACCCAGACCCAAGCCUCCCUCUCUGUCAUCCAGCCAUGAAGCUCCUCUUUCCUAUCUUUGCCAGCCUUAUGCUACAGUACCAGGUGAACACAGAAUUCCUUGGCAUAAGAAGAUGUUUGAUGGGUUUUGGGAGAUGUAAGGACAAUUGUAAUACAGAUGAAAAAGAGAUACAGAAAUGCAAGAAGAAAAAAUGUUGUCUUGGGCCAAAAGUGGUUCAAGUGAUAAAAGCCUACCUACAACACGAAAUACCCCAUGUCCUUGGUGACGAUUCCCCAGAAAUGCUAAAAAGUGCCAAGAAUUCUAGUCCCAUGAUACAAUCAAAACAUAUUUUAUCUGUUCUCCCCAAAAUCAAACUCGGCCUUUUUGACAGUACCAACUCUGUUAUACCAAAUGCCACCCUUGUGAACUCCGCCAUCACCAAUGCCAUGACUUCAAGACAUAUGCCAUAUGCUGCUACUUCUACCAAGAGUGACACCAAGAAAAGCAGAGAUUCUGCCAUUGCAUCCCCACCACCAAAAUCACCACCACCCUAGGUGCUGCCAAGACCGCUGCUGGUGCUGGAGGAAGCAGAUGAGCAAGUGAUGCGGGUCUCUCCCCUGAGACACCAAGUUCCUCUCUAUUUCAUGUAACUAAAAUGAAACAUAGAACUGUUUCUUUUGUCAUCACUGAUUCAAUAAAUACUGUUUAAGCACC